AUGUGUGUCGCGGGACAAAAAGGCUGGGAGGUGGUUGACCCGUCAUCAGAUGUCUCUUUUUACUCUCCCAAACGCAGCCAGAGAGAAGCUAAUUACCAUCUGAAUGUGGCGAGGACCAGCCCUAACGCUAACCCUGCGGCACAUACGUUUGGGUCCAAAGACAUGCUGGACACACAGAGUCCUGGCCCUAGAGGGUUCCUAGUGCUGGACAGACAGAGUCCUGGCCCCAGAGGGUUCCUAGUCCUGGACAGACAGAGUCCUGGCCCCAGAGGGUUCCUAGUGCUGGACAGACAGAGUCCUGGCCCCAGAGGGUUCCUAGUGCUGGACAGACAGAGUCCUGGCCCCAGAGGGUUCCUAGUGCUGGACACACAGAGUCCUGGCCCCAGAGGGUUCCUAGUGCUGGACACACAGAGUCCUGGCCCCAGAGGGUUCCUAGUGCUGGACACACAGAGUCCUGGCCCCAGAGGGUUCCUAGUGCUGGACAGACAGAGUCCUGGCCCCAGAGGGUUCCUAGUGCUGGACACACAGAGUCCUGGCCCCAGAGGGUUCCUAGUGCUGGACACACAGAGUCCUGGCCCCAGAGGGUUCCUAGUGCUGGACAGACAGAGUCCUGGCCCCAGAGGGUUCCUAGUACUGGACACACAGAGUCCUGGCCCCAGAGGGUUCCUAGUGCUGGACAGACAGAGUCCUGGCCCCAGAGGGUUCCUAGUGCUGGACAGACAGAGUCCUGGCCCCAGAGGGUUCCUAGUGCUGGACACACAGAGUCCUGGCCCCAGAGGGUUCCUAGUGCUGGACACACAGAGUCCUGGCCCCAGAGGGUUCCUAGUGCUGGACAGACAGAGUCCUGGCCCCAGAGGGUUCCUAGUGCUGGACACACAGAGUCCUGGCCCCAGAGGGUUCCUAGUGCUGGACACACAGAGUCCUGGCCCCAGAGGGUUCCUAGUGCUGGACACACAGAGUCCUGGCCCCAGAGGGUUCCUAGUGCUGGACAGACAGAGUCCUGGCCCCAGAGGGUUCCUAGUGCUGGACACACAGAGUCCUGGCCCCAGAGGGUUCCUAGUGCUGGACACACAGAGUCCUGGCCCCAGAGGGUUCCUAGUGCUGGACAGACAGAGUCCUGGCCCCAGAGGGUUCCUAGUACUGGACACACAGAGUCCUGGCCCCAGAGGGUUCCUAGUGCUGGACAGACAGAGUCCUGGCCCCAGAGGGUUCCUAGUGCUGGACAGACAGAGUCCUGGCCCCAGAGGGUUCCUAGUGCUGGACACACAGAGUCCUGGCCCCAGAGGGUUCCUAGUGCUGGACACACAGAGUCCUGGCCCCAGAGGGUUCCUAGUGCUGGACAGACAGAGUCCUGGCCCCAGAGGGUUCCUAGUGCUGGACACACAGAGUCCUGGCCCCAGAGGGUUCCUAGUGCUGGACACACAGAGUCCUGGCCCCAGAGGGUUCCUAGUGCUGGACACACAGAGUCCUGGCCCCAGAGGGUUCCUAGUGCUGGACACACAGAGUCCUGGCCCCAGAGGGUUCCAAGUGCUGGCCCCAGAGGGAGUGGGUGGGAUUGAGGUGUUCAUGUCUUACACCCUCCUCCUCGGCUCCGGUUCCAAACCACCGUCCCACGCUCGCAGAGCUGAGGAAAUACCAUCUGCCAAUUAG